AUGACCAGCAGAGAUGCCACCAGGGCCUUUGUGACCGGGGACUUCUCGCCCGCGGGGCUCGUGGACGACGUGUCGGCGCUGUCGCCGCCGGAGCUGCUCGCGCUGCGCCGCUGGCUGUCCUUCUACCGCAGCAACUACGUCCUGGUGGGAAAGCUGGUGGGCAGAUACUAUGAUGAAAACGGAGCACCAACAGAAGCCUUAAGGCAGGUGGAGGCUGCUAUUGAGGAAGGCAUGAAGCUGAAGGCGGAAAGUGACCAGAGGAAGCAGCAGUUUCCACCCUGCAACUCCGAGUGGAGCUCUGCCACGGGCAGCCGCUUCUGGUGCUCCAAACAGAGUGGAGGCAUAAGCAGGGACUGGGUCGGAGUUCCCCGGAAACUCUACACGCCUGGAUCGAGAGGGAGCCGCUGCGUGUGCGUGAGAGCUACUGGUCCCCCGUCCGGAGAGCUGCACGCGCCCGAGCACCAGGACAGGGGAGACCUGGAUGACCCCCACCUGGAGGAGUACGAAGGCUGCCAUCCCCGGGCCGAGUGGUGCGUCCUGAAAGCGUGA